AUGUCCUUCGAGGGUAUGUCCCCAGUGACUAAGGACCCCCCCCCCCAUCAAUACCCUCUCUCUUCAGGUCUCAUCACCUUCCAGUCACCCACUCUGGAAGACCAAGACUGUAAAGCACAGGCAAGACUUCAUAAGACAGAAACCAUGUUCUGGCUGUGGAGCUGCGGGGACUUCACAGAAGGAAAUAGCAGUUCUUUAAACACUGAACAAAAGGGCUCCUGGGACUCCGAGAACUUCUGGCUUGAUCCUUCCACGAAAGGCCAGUUGGAGACCAGUGAAGAGGAGGAUGGACUCCGGACAUCACUGGACAGAUUCUAUGAAGCAUUUGCCCGUCCUCUGCCGGACUCCGGGGACCAGCUCUCUGCCCCUGUGUGUCGGUGUCUGUCUCAGGCAAUCUCUGAACUUGAGGGCCAGGAGAGCCAGAAGUACACUCUCCGCAGUUUCCAGAUGGCACGAGUUAUCUUCAGUCGGGAUGGCUGCUCCAUCCUACAGCGGCAUUCCAGGCAAACCCGCUUCUACCCUCUGGAACAAGGAGGCAACUCUUUGGAGGACGAAGAGCCCACCCCAGGACUGUCAAGAGAGAUCGUUCAUUUCCUCUUGGAGCAGAACGUAAUGAAAGACUCAUAGCUGGGGCUGGUGUGAAAGUUGGCAAUGCUGGAGGGGAAGUGCUGUAUCUUGGCCCUCAGAACCCCUGAGGGGUCUCCUGGUAGCUUCUUGCUUCCAGCCAUUAGCUACAAGCUUUGCAGGUAGAGGCCGGCACCAGGGAGCUAGUAAGCCUCUAGGUGUGCCACCCACCACUCACAUUGGCGAAGGCUGCUACUGACUCAACUAGGGUUCCUUGCCUUAGUCUGUGUUCCAGAGUGUUCUGCUGGGGUCCAGACCAGGGCUAGGACUUUGGCAGGAAAUCACUUCCUUGCUUGGUUCAUUCCUCCUCCCACUCACCUCCUGGUGUCUCUGGGGCCUUUUCUUAAUAAACCUUUAUAUCCACA